CUGCUGAAGAACCAAAGAGCACAUGUAAAAUGAAGCCAAUAACAGGGCCAGGGUGUAGGGGCGGGUCUUAUAAGUUAUAUAUAUAUACAAGUGCUUGUGUUUUAUCCUCUGCACUUUGGGACAUAUUGCUACAAUAAGAAUGGACUUCUGUGGAGGGCUCUCUGAGGUGGCCAAAGCCACUGCUGAGUUGCAGCAAAUCUGUGAUGAGAUGAAACCUCAUGCAGAGAAAAAAACUGGAAGAAAUUUUGAUGUCUUCACUGCUAAACUCUACAAAACACAGGUGGUAGCUGGGACAAACUACUUCAUCAAGGUCCACGUGGGUGAUAAGGAGUUUGUUCACCUCCGUGUCUAUAAGAUGUUACCUCAUGCUGGAGAACUGGAACUUUCUGGAAUACAGACACAUAAAUCCGAACAGGACCCCAUCGAAUACUUCUAAUAGAUACACGAUUGAGGGAAAAAGAAACCAUAGAAACAGCACUAACACUUAUAAACAAGCAAUGAGUUUGAGUUUGUAAAACAUAUCAGAUUCACUUAAAAUAUAAAACUACAGCCAUAUAAUGUCAGUCAUUUACAAAUUAUACUGAACUUUUUUUUCUCAGUUUCUAAAAUGUGUCCUGAAAAAUUCCAUACUUGUAAUAAACUGAAAGUUAAAAAUAAACACUUAAAUACAUGA